CUUAUUGAUAACCACCCUAGUGGCCGCUAUACUGAGCCCUAUAAUAUUGGGGACUAUAUUAUAGACUAUAGUGCUACGGACUAUAAUACUGGGGACUAUAAUGCUAGGAACUAUAAUACUGGGAACUAUAAUACUCAGGAGCACUAUAAUACUAGAGACUAU